AUGCUUGCUGCCGGCUUCGUGACAUUCACUGCGGUAUCGACGUGGGGUAUUGGGUUCUUGGCGCCGCAUCCCGAGAUUCAGCAGAAGGCAUUUGAGGCGAUUAGGAAGACUUACGACGAGGGAAACCCGUUGUGUGAUACGCAUGAUGACCAGACUGUUCCCUACCUCCGCGCUUUGGUUUGCGAAUGCUUGAGAUUUCUCAUUGUCCCUCGCCUCCCAUUGCCCCUUGCUACGAACAAGGAGUUCAUGUACGAGGGUAAGCUGGUACCAAAGGGCACCAUAGUCUUCUUGAACUAUUGGGCUUGCAACAUGGGUCCUCCGCCCGAACGCUGGCUGGAGAACCCCGAAGCACCCAUGUUCACCUAUGGCAUGGGAUGCCGCAUGUGUGCCGGAACCAUGUUGGCUAACCGCGAACUGUACAUCACUUUCCUCCGUAUGUUGGCCAGCUUCGAGCUGUCAUCGACAGACAAGAUCGACACCGAUCCCAUCACCGGCGCUGCUGAUUUGACUAACCUGAUUGUCACUCCAUGCUCCUACAAGGCCACCUUCACCCCUCGCAACGAGUCAGCCCUGAGAGCCGCUCUGGAGACUAAGGUCAAACAUCAAUUUUGA